GUGUGACGUCAUUAAACAGCGACCACUGAUAUGUCAAUCCAGGAGCUACUUUGCAGGGGAUGGACUUCACAGAGUGCUACAGAGACACCGUCUCCAGCGUCGCCGCCGCAGCUCGCUCGGGCUGUAGGAAGCGGGUGAGGAGGCUGAUAAAGAGAGGUUUCAGCGUGGACUCUCGAGAUAACCGUGGCUGGAACGCCCUGCACGAGGCGGCAGCUGCUGGCAGCAAAGAGUGUGUGCAGGACAUUUUGUCUGCUGCAGGAGUGCGAGUGGGCUCCUCCCGGGGCUGCAGUGCCUAUGUGAACUCUUUGACACAUGAGGGGGAAUCUGCAUGUUACCUGGCGGCGCAGCGUGGACACCUGGCCGUGGUCCGACUCCUUUUGAAAGCCGACGCCAAUAUCAACCAGCUGACGAAUGACUUGUCCUGUCCUCUGUACGCAGCUGUAGACGGCGGGUACACGGAGGUUGUAGAGCUGCUGGUCAGUAAAGGUGCCGAGGUCAAUAGAACACACACAGCGUCCUGCUGGACCUGCCUUCACCAGGCUGUUUAUAAGGGUCACAGUGAAAUAGUGCGCAUACUGGUCAGUGUGUGCAACCUGGAGGCACUAGAUGACCACAAGAUCUCUCCUCUCUUUGUGGCUGCUCAGUACGGACAGCAGGAAUGCCUGGAAAUCCUUGUUAAUGCUGGAGCAAAUGUGAACACCCAGGCAGCUGAUCUGGCCACACCGCUGCUCAUCGCCUCUCAGGAGGGUCACCAGGCAUGUGUGGACUUCCUGUUGGACCACGGAGCACAGCCGGACACAGCCUGCAGUAACGACUGGCCCCAGCUUCCCAUUCAUGCUGCUGCUGAGUUUGGCCACAUCGGGAUCCUGAGGAGGCUGAUAGCUGUCACGGAUCGUGUAUGUGACCGCGGUGAUGGCAUGGUGAGUCCGCUGUACGUGGCCGUCCACAGCCAUCAGAGCCAGAGUGUGGAGACGCUCCUGAGGGAAGGUUACAGCCCAGAUGCCCAGGACUGCACGCACAUCCUGGGCAUCCGUUCACCACUCUCCUUCGCCUUGUGUUGCACAUCCAAUAAACCACACAGUGAGUCAGUGAGGUUGCUGGUAGCUUCAGGAGCAACUCUGAGCGAGGAGGACUGGAUUUAUGCCUUGGCCACCGACAAAACAGAGCUGCUGAAACUGAUACUUGAGCACAGAUGGAUCCCUCGACCGGAGACUUUGACUGACAGAGACUGUUCUGCACCGCAUCAUCGUGGGAAAACGCUAACGCUGCAGGAACUGAGGGAGCUGCUCUGUGUGGCACUAAACCAAGUGCACUUUGCAGCCUGCUGGCUUCCUCUGCUUCUGAAGGCAGGGCUGGAACCGUCUCUGCUGCUUCAGCCCUACAUGUUGGAGCAGGCGGACAGUGAGGUGUUGAAUUACCUGCUGGAGUUUGUAAACUGGUCGACUGUGUCUCCUCCUCUGAAACAUAUCCUGGAUCGAAGGCGGGCGGAGAAGACCUGGGAACCACAUUUUGACUCCAUUCCCUGUCUUUCCCACAUGUGUCGGCUGCAGGUUCGGUCAGUGCUCGGACCAGAUCUGCUGAUGAGGAGCGAUGUAGUCCAGCAGCUCCCUGUGCCCUCCCCACUCCACCACUUCCUCCAGUUCAGAGAAAUCCCAGAAGCUUCCUACACACACUCACCGCCGUCACCACUUUCAAAUCGACUACAGGGAUACCGCAGCACACACCAGCACAGACAUGUUCUAUAACCCCAGCCAGGCUUCCUCUUCAUGUUGCUUUGAGGUCGUUUAAUUCCUCGUCUUUCAUCCUCUGUCAGUUUGUCACAGCUCCAAGAAACCCAAGAAUCCAAGUGUCUUUUGUGGCUGCACUGUCUCAGCAAAUGGAAAUAUUUUGAAUGUUUUGUGCAUCAUUUUACACACAUUCCCUCAAAAUUCAGCAGAUUUGGUUGCUUUGGUGACGUUAGGAGAAGAAGACAUUCUGUUGGUUUUUAGAAAGUUUGACUACACAGGUGAGCCAGAGAGGUCUAAAAAGAGAAAUCUAGUUUGGUUAAAGGUCCAGGGUGUCGGAUUAAGAGGGGGGUCUAUUGACUGAAAGUGAAUAUAAUCUGAUAAGUCUGUUUUCUUUAGUGUAUAGUCACCUGAAAAUAAGAAUUGUUGUGUUUUUGUUACCUUAAAACAAAAUGUUUAUGUCUACAUAGGGAGCAGGUCCUCAUCUAACACUGAUUAUUUAACAUGAAACUGCUUUAUUUACUGUUUUUACUGGUUUAAUCAGCUGGUUUGUUUUGGAGAGAUGACUUAAUUUCACAGCUCUUCUAUACUUUUCCAAAUGUUAUGGGACCAAAUGGAUCAAAUCCUGACAUUGAAAUGAGUCAUCUCUCGGGGGUUGUGACACUGAUUUACAGAUAUCUCGUUCCCAAUGUAAGUCUAUGGCGAAAAGUCUUUUUGGGCCACAGGUCAUCACGUAAAGAAAAUUGGCUUCAAAGCCUGACACACUUCUGGGGCCUGGUCGAAGGUUUCCUGUCAGAAAGGUGAAGAUUUGGAAAGAAGUUGUGGUUUGGAUUAAAAUGAAUAGAUUUCUGUCAGAAAGGGCUCUCUUAGAAAAAGCCUACAAGGAAAAUUCCUCCAUGAGCAGACUACUCCUCUUCCACAGAGACCGCCAUAUUGUUUCUACAGUAGCCUGGAAAGGACAAACCAACCACUCUAGAGAGAGACAUUGGAGUCGCCAUUGUUGGCCCCUGUAGUUCUCCUACAUGCUUGACACACGCACACAAAGUUUCAGUAAUUUAUAGUCUACUUCCUCACCACUAGAUGCCACUAAAUUCUACAUACUGGACCUUUAACAGGAGCUUAGAAGAUGACUUUAUAAUCAGAGCUGCAUCAGUUAUUUGUGGAGAUAGAUUUGUUUCAAUUAUGAUCAAUAAUCUGUGUGUAAAUGUGCAGUCUAUAAAUACAAAACAGCUUUCACAAAUACAGAAGAAGAUUAGUAAACACUCAGAAAUAUUUUGCAAAUAUAAAACAGAUUUCCAAAUACACAAAAUCCACAAGGGUAUAAUUUAGAGUUACAAAAAAACUACUAAACUACAUUUACAAAUACCUGUUGAAAAGUUUUGAAUGUCAGGAUGAUGGUCACAAUUGCUUUUCAUUUAUUUUUUAAUUGAUUUAAUGUAUGCUCAGAUUUUUUUAUUUGUGGAAUUUGUGUAUUGCAGAUCUGUUUUAAAUUUGCAAAAUAGUUGUGGGAGUUGACAAUUUUUUUUUAUAUUUGUGGAAGGUAUUUUGUAUUUACAGAUUGCACAUGACAGAGUGUAGAUGUGCUCACACAAAUAAUAAUGAAACAAAUCUAUCUCCAUAAUUAGUCAAUUAAUCGAUUUAGCCGAUCAACAGAAACUUCAUUGGCAAUUGUUUUGAUAGUGGGAUAAGGCUUUUAGUGAUUUUUACACAGAAAAGGCCAAAAAAAUUGCAGGUUUCAUGUAUGUUUAAUUGGAGAAUUAAAGCUUUUCUUCAUCACACAUUAUAAUAAAGUGAACAAAAAUGA